CAGAAGGAGAGAGCAGGGUUCCAGCAUCCUGUCAAAGGUCUGGGACCUCCUUCCCAAACCCCAGGAAACUUCUGCCCGGCUUAAGGAGGGAGGUAAGAUGCUCACAAGAGCAACACUGGGACUCCCCAAUCGCCCUCGCAAGCUGGUGCCUCUGCCCCUAACUGCUCCCCUACAAAAAAUUUAACUGCACGCCACUGGGCAGAUCAUAGGCACUAAUCUGCAAUCAAAAGCUACCAAAAGGUGUAUUCAGCUUUCCACAGGAUCUCGCUAUUGCUGGGAGAUAUUCAACCAUGGGUGAACUAGGAUUUGAACUCCUGCUUUAUCAUAGUCGCACUGUGCUGGAGAUCACACUUGGGGACAUCUCUUACUCUUCCCCGCUUUUUUGGGAUACUGCAGUUCUACAGGGUACUUCACAACAGCAUAGUUACCUGUGUUUUAGUCUUCCAGUUUUGACUCAGCCAUUCUUCUCCAGGCUGAUUGCACACCUGCCUCUAAAGGAGAUACCAGGAGCAAGGCCAAACUCUGCCAUGUUUCCAAACUCAAGUCGAUAACCCCGAUACAAUGGGCCUUAUUCACAGAGUCCCAACGAACACGGUUUAAAUCAACACCAACAUCAGCAGAUAAGCUGUCGAUUGAUUUGGUGUAAUCAUGCAUCAGAUGUCUUGUAUGGACACAUACGACAACAAUAUAUUCCUUGCAUCUGUCAGAACAGGGGUGGGCGGACUUCAAGUUUGUCUAAUCUACUCUGUUUCAUUACUAGAACCUGCAAGAUCUACCAACCAGAAUCAGGUCAAAAAAGACUUAAGAGAUUUAUAAUUAGAGGACAGGGUGCCUCUGAGCACAUUCUGAGUCUAUUUGUUUUCAGUACCACAACUGAACUGAACUCACCAUCCUUUUAAAUAACAUGAACAUCCAUGCCUGGUUAGCUCUCCUCAUUUCAGCAGCCUGAGAAAAGUUAGUGUUAUGUAUUCAGCUACAGAGGUAACCCAUAGCACUCAUACCUUAUGCUGAUCAAGUUGAGGUUAUAACUCAUAACUGCUGCCUCCCGUGUCGUUUUCUGAUGCAUUUGCAGCUUCAAAAGGAGCCACGCCAUGCUAGCAAGCAUAAAAAAAAAUGGGCAGCACAGGGAGGUUUGCCACAAACUCUGUAGAUAUAACAUCCCACAUCAUCCAAAUCUUCUAAGUUUUACCAUCCAUUUCAGAGAAGGACUUCUGCCAAAGUUGGUUGAUAUUUAUUUAUUUCAUAAAAUUUACACACUAUGUGACUGUAAGAAAAACGAACCCCCAAACCAAAAACCCUCAAAUUGGUUUACAGAAACCAUAUGACCAGUCAUACAUACAACUGUUGCUAUUGCAAUUCACUUGCGCUUGACAGAUCUGUGUUUAUUAUUAGCAUGCUUCCGAGCUUAAAAAAGAAAACUGAUGCAUUUAUCCAGGCUUAGUUUCAAAUUUUAAAAGAGAGGCACAAUUUCUAGUCUUCAUGUUUGUAGAAGAAGAAGAAGAAGAAGAAGAAGACGACGACCUCAAUAAACCUUUAACACCCAUAUUGGGGCUUAAUGUGGAAAGAGCAAGAGCAAGUCCCUUUUACCAACUCCUUUCUCUGUGGGCACUGCCUCUGACAACCACCUAAGGGAUGUGGGUGGCACUGUAUUCUAAACCACUGAACCUCUUGGGCUUGCCGAUCAGAAGGUCGGCGGUUCGAAUCCCUGCAAUGGGUGAGCUCCCAUUGCUCUGUCCCAGCUCCUGCCAACCUAGCAGUUCAAAAGCACACCAGUGCAAGUAGAUAAAUAGGUACCACUGUUGCAGGAAAGGAAACAGAGUUUCUGUGUGCUCUGGUUUCCAUCAUAGCGUUCCAUUGUGCCAGAAGCGGUUUAACCAUGACCUGGAAAGCUGUCUGUGGACAAAUGCCGGCUCCCUCGGCCUGCUUGGAAUAUAACUGUUGAGCAGCAAAUGUAACUUACUUCAUGGAAAAAACCCACAAAUUAUUAGUAUGAAAAGAAUUUUAAUGUAUGCACAUUAAAAUUAUUUGCAUUGAUGGGGAUAGUUUUAAACACACACACACAUAUCCAUAUUUUUUACUUGCCAUUAUAUUGUGAUCUUUAUAUUUCUGCUACUUUGGUGGGCUAAAAUGUGCAUAUAACGUAUAUCUCAGCUUCUAAGCCUCAUGAUUCCUCCUGUUCAUGACAUUUAAUCCAGUGUCUUCUAGUGGCCUUCAUGAAGCCUAGAAUCCAUUUCAAAUGAAGUCUGUGUGACAAAGGUGUUGGUGAGUAAUUAUAAACCUUUGCAUUUUAACUGGAGCUUGGCCUUGGCUUUUCCACAGAGGCGUUGUUUGAAUCCAAGGAGAAGGUUUUAAAAUCUGUAACAUCCACCUCUGCAAAUCCAGUGAGGUACAUGUAUCCCAUUCACUAAGACACUCGUGGCAACACCAUCUGCUUUUCUGUCGUGCUGAUACCAUGGGCUUUCUUUUUAUUGAAAAAAAUGAAGCUUAUUUGGAUAUUUAUUUCUCAUCUGUUUCUUUGGGAAAGGUCAUUUUCCUGCCUUAUGGGUUAUUUAUUAUGCUAGUGAUUAUUCCCCUGAGCUCCUGAAAUCCUGCUCUCUUAAUAUCGUAUGGAUUUGUAGGAUGCAAAUUGAACCUUAUCCUUUUCUCCUGGGUAUCAAUACGCAGCCUUUCAUCUUAAUUCCCUUAAUUCCCAGCAUGAUUUUGCCUCCUUGAUAGGUGGUGAGGGAGGUGGAAAAGGAAAGCUAGAACUGAACUGCCACCUGAAAUCUCACGGGAAUCCAGUGAAGAGUCUACCUUUCUAACCUAAACCACUCCUCCUGUCUGAACUGCUGCUUGUUAACCUACUCUUGCUUGAUAGACAGGGUGUGUAGGCAGUGUUAACUCUUGACACAGUUAUCUCAUGCAGCGAAAGCAUUGCAUCCAGUUCCUGCUUCUUCUGUCUUCCUUGCAAGAGUCGAAGGCUGCUUCUCCAAAAACCAGUUCCUUGUAACCUUCAGGUUACAGACUCCGCUAACCCAGAAAUAUUACCUCGGGUUAAGAACUUUGCUUCAGGAUGAGAACAGAAAUCGUGCUCUGGCGGCGCAGCGGCAGCAGGAGGCUCCAUUAGCUAAAGUGGUGCUUCAGGUUAAGAAAAGUUUCAGGUUAAGAACUGAUCUCCGGAAUGAAUUAAGUACUUAACCCGAGGUACCACUGUACCACCUUUCCAUUUUGCUGUACACAAGGCAGUUUACAGCAACAAAAUACACAACAAAGAAUGCACACCUUAUAAUAAAUAAUCUGAUCCAAUAAGAAAACGUAACUUUAAAAUGGAACGUGUUAUCAAAAGAAGUAAUAUUCAAUAAUCUACUAGAAUAUAAUAGCACGCAAUAAAAUUAACUCUCAAAACACCAGCAAACAUUAAACAGAAAUUCACUCUUAACAAUUACAAUGAAUAAUUACCAAACUAUGAUCCGAUAAAAGUAACUGCAAGACGCAGUGCAUAAAAUACCACCACACAAAACCAUGUAAAAAGAUGAAACUGAGAAACAAAGACACACAAUUUAUAAAAGUUUUUUUAAAAACAAACAAACCAAAAAACCAAAAAAACCCUAAACUCCUAUUUUCCCUUCCUAGCUGCUUCUGCUUCUUCUUAAAGUCAUGGCCUGGGAGAAGCCAAUUGCUCAGCUCGGCUUUAUUGAGGGAAGUGAGGCUCUUUCCCCCUUCUUUGCACUUCCUCGCUGAGUAAGCUGACUUCUGCUGAAUUAUUUUAGAGCAGUGUUUCCCAAAUUUGGGUUUCCAGCCGUUUUUGGACUACAACUCCCAUCAUCCCUAGCUGGCAGAACCAGUGGUCAGGGAUGAUAGAAACUAUAGUCCAAAAACAGCUGGAGAUCAAAGUUUGGGACACACUGUGUUAGAGUCUUUCUAUCUAGCCUGCUGCUCUGGGGACUUACCUGCCAGUUAAUGCCUGUGUUGUUCAUUGUAUGUACAGUGGUACCUUGGGUUACAUACGCUUCAGGUUACAGACUCUGCUAACCCAGAAAUAUUACCUUGGGUUAAGAACUUUGCUUCAGGAUGAGAACAGAAACCAUGCAGCAGCGGCGCGGCGGCAGCAGGAGGCCCCAUUAGCUAAAGUGGUGCUUCAGGUUAAGAACAGUUUCAGGUUAAGAACAGACCUCCAGAAUGAAUUAAGUUCUUAGCCUGAGGUACCACUGUAUAUUGGCUCUGGACACCAAUAUUAGCAAAGGUUGCAAUCCUGUUAUACACUUACCCGGUGAUGUCUCAUUUAUCUCAAGGGGACUUGCUUCUGAUUAGACGAGCAUUUGAUUGCACUGUAAAACCACUGAUACGAAGUCCUUUCCUAAUCUACAGCCUGGUUUUAUGCCUGUCUACUUGGAAAUCCAUCAAUCUGAGGUCAGGAUGACUUGCUACCACCAGGUAAAUAUGCAGAGGACUGCAGUCUUAGUUACUACUUUGCGAUAGUUAAGGCUGUGGAUGGAUUUUUAUAGUGUGCAUUAAAUUUUAAAGCCUUAGCCUAAAUUAAGGUGUGUUUCUGUACAUUUCAUGGUGACAAGGACUUGUUUCGCAAGGACGGACCCUCAAAUCACCAUUCCGAUGGGGUGAAGCAGGACUUGGAAGUGCCCCAAAUUCGUAAUGUGUAUAUGCUACAAAUAUAAUGUGCUUUUAAAAAACACGGUUUAAAACUUCUGUUAAAUACCUAUACCGGGUAGGAGCUGUGGAAAUCCCUCUGAGGUUCCCUGCAAUGUGUGCCUAUAUUUGGUGGUCCGUUCUCCCAUUUGCAUGGCAGCAGGGCUGGGGAACCUUGAGCCCAAAAUGGGUCCCAAUUUGGCCUGCAAUUACUUUUUCCCCAAGCGAUGCCCACUUGCCCCACACCUGAUGGCUGCCAUUUGUGACAUCAGUUAUGGGUCUGGUAGAAGCACUGCUCAGCUAAUUCUUGCACCAAGCACAAGUCUAGGUUUGUCUCCGUCUUUCUCCCUGCUGAGUUCUACAUGGGUGACACUGAGGCUAAGGAGGAGGGGGAAGCUGGCAUUCAGGGACACAGGUAGCGCUGUGGUCUAAACCGCCGAGGCUCUUGGGCUUGCCGAUUAGAAGGUCGGCAGUUCGAAUCCGCACGACAGGGUGAGCUCCCAUUGCUCUGUCCCAGCUCCUGCCAACCUAGCAGUUCGAAAGUACAUCAGUGCAAGUAGACGGCCUAGGACCCUCAUACCUACGGGACCGCCUCUCCUGGUAUGUCCCACGGAGGACCUUACGGUCUUAAAACAAAAGCAUCUUGGAGGUCCCGGGCCACAGGGAGGUUAGGCUGGCCUCAACCAGAGCCAGGGCUUUUUCGGCUGUGGCCCCGAUCUGGUGGAACACUCUGUCACAAGAGACUAGGGCCCUGCGGGACCUGACAUCUUUCCACAGGGCCUGCAAGACAGAGCUGUUCCACCAGGCCUUUGGCCAAGGCACAGUCUAACCCCCUCCUUUGGUAAUCCUCAUAGAACCAAUGGUUGCCAUUAAUUUGAUUUUGAAUUGGUUUUAGAAUGAAUUGAUUUUAGAAUGCUGUGUUACUUUUAUUGUUGUUAGCUGCUCUGAGCCUGGCUUCGGCUGGGGAGGGCGGGAUAUAAAUUAAAAAAAAAAUUAUUAUUAUUAUUAGAUAAAUAGGUACCGCUGCGGCAGGAAGGUAAAGGUGUUUCCGUGCGCUCUGGUCCUCCAUGUGCCAGUAGUGGUUUAGUUACACUGGCCACAUGACCCGGAAAGCUGUCUGUGGACAAACACUGGCUCCCUCGGCCUGAAAAGCAAGAUGAGCACUGCACCCCAUAGUCAAGUUUGACUGGACUUAACCGUCCAGGGGUCCUUUACCUUUUUACCUACCCCCUGGACUGGAUGUAUUGUGAGAAAGAUGGGAGCUGUCUGAGAGCAGACAGAUUGGUGGGGCUGCCUGUCCUGGUGUAGUGCAGAAGGUCAGCCAGCCAGCCUUACCUCCUUCCAGGGUAUUCAUGGAAGAUAUCCACCCCAAACAAACAGCAUUCCAUGAGCAUGCUCAAUCUUCGUUGGCUUCUCUUGAAGUUUCCUCCUUCCUGAGUUUUGUGUCUGCUAAAUAUUUGUUCUACUUUUGGGGGUUUAUCCCAAGCCUGCCGAUACCUCCCUCAUAUAUAUGUAUGGCACCACUUUGGCCUCAUAAGGAUUUGCACUUGGAUAAUGAGUUCGCUGGUUUAAUGCUGCUGUGCUUUGUAUUUUAUUUAUAAUUAAUUUCCAAUCUGCUGGUUUAAUGCUGCUGCGCUUUAUUAUAUAAUUAAUUUUUAUCGCUUCUCGUUUUUUAUUUGCUAUUUUCACCGUGCUUUCAUUUUAUUCCAUUUUCCCUGUCAGUCACUUUGGAAACGUGUUCGGAAGGGGGAUCUCGGUCACAAAGCCAAGCGUACCAUUUCUGAGGUUUAGCAACUGCUGUGUUUAGCAAUGAAGCUGUAGUCUUUGGCAGAGAGAAAAAAGGCAAAUAUGUCGCAAAAGGCCAGAUCAGCAGGGCCAGACAAACACAGACCAACAUAAAAGGGACCCUGACUCCUGGCCAAGCAGGCCACCUAGAGAACAACUCCUCCGGUCCAAUAAAUAUUUAUUGCUUGUAGCCAUAGGCAUUUGCAAAUUAGAGAAGAUUAGAUGUGAGCUGGAGCAGGUUUUAUAGGGCUCCCAGUCAAUUGAUGUCGGGGGCAAACAGGUUGCUGAAAAUCAAGAGAAUGGCUGGUUGAGGCUUUUGCCUUUAGACCUGAAGGAUUCUCCAAGGGCUCCGGCAGCAAACUUGCGUAGGUAUUGAAAGAAAGUUCUGCCCAGCUCUGUACCUCUGUCUCCCAUUCCAAAACGGCUGGUACAGUUGGAACUGAUGCAAUAUGAGCAUGCUUGUAUUAAACAUGUGUUGGAGGAAGCUGCAGCUGCCAACAUGAUAAAUGUGCUUUAAAGUCAAGGUUCAGCACGAUCCUGCUGACAGGAACACAGUUCGGUGCCUAUACAUACCGGGUAAUCAUCCCACUUCUGCCCCCCCUCCCAGUCACAACCAGAGACACACUCUGCUCAACUCACUGAUCAAUUAUUAGGGCUGCCACCUUAUUUCUGUGGUAUUUUGCCACAGCUGUGGGACAGGCAAGCCAAAUAUCUCUUCAUUUCUAUCUGUUUAAUGGUUGCAAUUUUGAAAUCCGCAGGUGUCUUGCUGAAAAACUACUGUGCCAACCUUAACGGUUGUCCUUAACCAUCUCCUUGCUGUGUCCACACCCCCCCCAUUGAUCUAUUGAUCUCUGUGCCAACUUCUGCCAUACUGUUGGUGAAGAGGCUUUAUAAUGCCUGCCACUUUUCUGGUAUUGCUCUUGUGCAAAAGCAAAAUGGCCAACCCAGUUUCCUGGCUUGGCUUCUUGUUUAGAGCAAAAUAUUUACCCUGCACAGGUAGUCUCUAUAGCUCAGUUGGUAGAGCACGGGACUUUUAAUCUUAGGGUCGUGGACUUGAGCCCCACAUCGGGCAAAAUAUUAAUUAAUGCAUUGCAAGAUUUCCUGCACUGGAGGGGGCUUGGACCUCAUGGUCCCUUCCAACUCUAUAAUCCUAAGAUUAAGGUAAUAAAGCAACUCUGGUUGCUCAUUGUUUCCUCUGCCUUUUCAGCCGAUAAAUCCUGCGAUUAACAUCUUUGACAGGAGAAAACAUUUUCAGGGGACUUCUGGGAGUGUGGGCUAAUCCACCAAGCUGACUGCGGAGGGUUCAAGAUACAAGAGAGGAAGUCUCUAGAACCUAGGAUGGGUUCUAGGCCAGGAAUCCACUUGGUAGGCCUGCCUAACUAAAAUACUGGCAGCCUGCCUCUUCAGAGAAAACUGUUUUCCCUAAAGGGAAACUGGUUGUGGUCUGCGACUGGAAGCAAUAGCUUUGUGCAUUGCAUAAGGAAUCCUGGGGACUGUAGUUUUGUUAGCGCUGUGAUGGGUAAACUUACCAUUGAAUUGUAGCGCUGUGAUGGGUAAACUUACCAUUCUGGAAAUGUGAGCGGUAAAUUACAGCUCUUGGGAUUCUUGGGGAGGAAGCCAUGUGCUUGAAAUGUAUGGUGCGCAUGCCGGGAAUGUCUGAUUUCCCACCUUCCUGGGAUAUGGAAGGAGAUCAAGGCAGGCUUCUAAGGAUACCAAUUAAAGUGUGGUUCUCUCUUCCUCCUACAAAGCUGAGUUGUUGCCUUUGCCUUUCAGUCAGCCAGCUAGUCUUGCUAGAGGACCACCUUACUGGAAACAGAAUAAGCAACUCCCCCUCCCCCAGACCACUGGCACCUCCAUGACGGCCACUGCUGUUACAGCGGCAGUCUCCAUAUAAGACAACUACCAAUUCCUCUUUCACUCUUGUUUUGGGAGCGGUGGUGGAGACCAAUAGAAGCCAACUCCUGCAGGCUGAGGUCCCUUUGACCUUCCCCCCAAUAAAAAAUGGGGGAGGGCUCCUCCAAAGUUGAUGGGCAUUGCCAUUCAAAUGGUGCGCGCGCACCAUAUCAUGUGAUUGAUUAUGCCGGGUGGGGCUUGCCUGCCCUCCCCAGUAUUUUAUUCAAGUUGGCACGCCUGGGGAAGAUGGGUAUCCUACUGCAUUGUUUCUCAAACCGGUAGCUAUUUUGUUUGUAAAUAGGACAUGUUUCAUUUAUAAUUUUUAUAAUCAUAUAAAUGAUAUAAUUUCACCUUUAGCCCUCUUGGAAUAUCCGGGGGGGCCAGGGGACCAUAUGGCCCCCUGGUUGAGAAACACUGGUCUACUGGAAGGAAGUUGACCGAGCCCAGGGGGUGGGGUGGCGCUACCUCUAGUUCCUGAGUAAGCCCUUCCUCCGAGUCUCUUCUUCCCUAGGGAGACCCCUGGAUCAGGGCCGUGUGAUCAGGGCCGUGUGAACGCGUUUUGAAAGGCACACGCUGCAUCUACAAACCAAAGCGCACUCCCUUUAUUGAUUAUUGCGGGAAAUGGCAAGGGGGCUCUCGGUCGCUGCCAGUGUCUAUCUUUUUAGGAAGGGGUGGGGAGCAUCUUAGGAGCUGAAAUCCUGCCCCUCGUUUACGGGGAGCUUCACCUCCCCGCCCACUACCCAUCUCCAACGAAAGCCUGACGCCGCCUCGCCUCCGGCAAAGCCCCCAAAAGUGGACUCCGGCUUUCCUCUGUUGCGCGUCGGAGGUGGCGCGCCUUUGCGCCGAGCGGGGCCCAUUGAUUGCCCGGGCUUGGGGGGAGUGGCCGCGGGUGGGCGACGACGAGAGCGCCUCCCGGGCUCUGCUGGCCACUUGGCACGUCGGAGGUGCAGCCGGCAGCCUUCCUGCGCCGCGUGAGCUGCAUCUGCGCGCCAGCUUGCGAGCUGCUGCUGCCGCCGCCGCUUCCUUGGCACUCGCGUUUCCCUCGAGUAGGGGCUCGUCCCGAAGCAGCAGCCAGCCAGCCAGCCGCCGCCGCCGCCACCACCGCCAAGCGCAGGUCUGGCGCCCCCUGCACUCGGAGGCGAUCUCCGCUCUGCUUGCAAGAAGUCGUUGGCUUUCCUUUUUUUACCGACGAUCUGCAUAUAUAUAUAUACCUCUAUUAUACAUGCACACACAUGCAAGCAAGCGGGAGCGUGCGUCGAGGGCGAGGGAAGAAUUCGCAGAAAGACGCCGAAAUUGUGAGUGCUUCUCUUUGGGAAAGCGGUGGAGGGGGUGGGGAUUGCCGGUGCGCGGCCGGGGGAAGAAGUCUUCGGAGGAACGGCUACAGGUGGAAACUUGGGUGGAAGGGGAAACCCUCGAAGGCUGUCCGGAUGCGCUGUCAAGGGAGCUCCCGGACAACUUGCAGGCUGCAGCUGGGGGGGGGGGGCAGCGCUUGGAGAUCCUGAUGUUGCUCGUCUCCUCCUCCUCAGUAGGAUUUGAGGUGGCAGCUGGCUUUGCUUGGGGACCCUGGGCUGCAGACGUGGGCGAGCCCCGAGGGGCAUCCAUUUCCUCGAACUCCGUGGGCAUAGUUUCUGGGUCAGGCUUGCGAUUGUAGGCGCCUUCUGCUCGGGAGCAAGCAAACCCAGUAAAUAAGUACAGGAUUCACUUGCGUGCUUCUUUCUCUCUGCCUGAGAAUCCAGUGCAGAAUCCUCAGCAGCAACCUUGGGGUGGGCUCUCGCUGUCUGUCUGUCUGUUUUCUGAAGACGCUACAGAGGAAGGAAAUCCCUUCCCUGCGAACAUCUGCCUUAAAAGUCCGUGGAGAUUUUGCUGUGGUACCUAAAUCGGCGUUUCUGACACUUGAUCUGUGGAACAAUGAAAGCGGCUCUUUCAAAUCUAAAUUUUAUUUCUAGGAUUGUGUCACCCACUACCCCCUCCUUCAACACGUUGUCUUCUCCAUCUGCUUCCCAACCCACUUCCAUCUUUACCAGUUUCACCCCCUGCAGCGGAGGAGAGUUUGUGCAGCGAGUCAGAAAACCCCUAGUUCAAAUUCUGCCUCUGAAUGGUCAGAGGUUAAAGCUCGCUGGAUCUGUGCCUCACUCUCUCAUCUGUAGUGGAGGGGAUAUGGAGCAAUCUUGCAGGGUUGUUGUAUUGGUGUAAUAUUAUGUAGAGCAUUCUGAACACCCUAACGUCUCCAGGGUUCAUAAUUCUCUCCCUGCAUCGUAUUAGCUCCACAAAGAGGGUGUGAGUGUCACAGGGACAGCUAGCAUAGUGGUUAGAGUGUCAAACUAGGACAGAGUGUGUGACCCUGUCUACUCAGAAGCAGCUCCUUCUGAAUUCAGUAGGGUUUACUCCCAGGUUAAAUGGAGUCAGGAUUGCACCUUCUGCCAGUCACUAGGUUUCAGCCUAGCCUAGGGCUGUUGUGAUGAUAAAUUGGCAUGGCAAGGGAUGGGUAGCAAGUACAUCCCCGUAGGCUUCUUGAAGGAAAACUGAUAUAUAGAUUUAACCAUUAAAAAAAACCACAUUGUUUAAGAGUUGUCUCCAAUGCUGGUCCUACUCAGAACAGAACCAUUGAAAUGAACAGAUGUUAGUUAGCCAUGUCCAUUAACUUCAAUAGGUCUGUUCCGAGUAAGGUAAAGGUAAAGGGACCCCUGACCAUUAGGUCCAGCCGUGGCCAACUCUGGGGUUGCGGUGCUCAUCUCGCUUUACUGGCCGAGGGAGCCGGCGUACAGCUUCCGGGUCAUGUGGCCAGCAUGACUAAGCCGCUUCUGGCGAACCAGAGCAGCGCACGAAAACGCCGUUUACCUUCCCGCCGGAGCGGUACCUAUUUAUCUACUUGCACUUUGACGUGCUUUCGAACUGCUAGGUUGGCAGGAGCAGGGACCGAGCAACGGUAGCUUACCCCCGUCGCAGGGAUUCGAACCACCAACCUUUUGAUCGGCAAGCCCUAGGCUCUGUGGGCAAACCCACUCUGUGGGUUAAUAUUAAUCCAUAAUCUUCACUUCAAUAAUCCAAGUUAUUGCAGUCAUCCCAUACAGGGAUUGAACCUGCAACUUUGGUGUUAGAAGCGCCGCUCUCUAACCAACUGAGCUAUUCAUCCAUUCCUUGGUUGUCUCUCUUCUGCCAGCACCCGGAACUGCCUACUGACUCUGUUGAGAACAACAGGAAGAAUUAUGUGUGUAACUGGAGGCAGAGAGCCUCAUUCCUGCAAAAGACCAAGUGACCCUCCCACGCUUACCCUCCCCACCUCAGCACCCUCCUGCCUGCACCAUUAUUUUAUUUUCCUCUUUCAACAUUUAAUUUGAUGAGGUCCACCAAAGAAAUGAAAGGAGGGGAAAACAGGGGGCUUCCACACCAGGAGGGCUGGUUUGGACUGGUAGCUUCUCCUCUAAUUAAGACCUUAAACUCCAACCAUUAACAGCAGCUCAACCAUGGAGCUCACAGUAAACAUAAAGGAAAGAGAGGGAUGAAUAAGAUGCUAGGGUUUCAAUAGUGUAUGCAGCCUUAGGAAAUCUGGCGUGAGACAUGGCAGUUCAGAGGAACUGUUGAAGUUGCAGGAGGGGGAAUGUCGUUCUAAUGAAGGUGGAAAGAAAUAAAAGGAAACCGAUUUGUUGAGGGGUUUUUUUUCUCUCUCUCUCAUACACACACCCCCACACCCACACCCCACUUCCCAGACUUAACACUGUGUGGUUUGGAAUGACAUUUCCUGCAAUCUGCGGCAGACCACAAUAGCUUGUGGUUUAUGUGUAAGGGCAAACGACGGUAUUCAACAAGCAAAAGGCACAGAUUCAGAUAUGAUUGUUUGACCGUCAUCCACCAGGAGUAUGUCUGAGCUGGGACCUAAGAGCUUUAGAUUAUGCUAUAGCACUGAGUUCAUCACACUUGGGGCUGUUUAUUUCAGUGAGCUUCAAUAUGUUUAAGUCCAUUGGAUUGUGUCCCUAAGGGACUGGCUGUUCAUUGAUGAGCCGAAAGGGGGUGGAAAGAAACAAAUCAAAGAGGAAACAAUUGACUUCAGCAUAUCCAGUUAUAUUCUGAGAUCCAAUAAAGAGAAGGUCCAGAUCUCUGAAGACUGUAUAUAUAUAAAACGGCUGUAUAUUUUUUAAAAAAACAACAGCAAUGGAGUUUGGGGGAUAAAUGGAAAAUUAGGGUAGUCAGAUCCUCCCCCUAAAUUGAUUCCAUCCCUUUCAAUAGUUUUGUAGAAGAUGGAAUUUCCUACACCUGCUGAAAUUUAUUCCUUUAUAUAUACAUUUUACCCAGCUAUAAGGAGUGCUGGAGCCAUACCCUCUUUUUUCACCUGGCUACCCUAGAAUCAAUAAAAGUGAAUUUAUUCAUUUAUUUUAUUUUAUUUCAGAAAAUUUAUAUGCUGCUUGAUUAUAAGAAGAAACCCAAAUUGGUUUUUAAUAAAAGUGAAUAGAAAUGAUAUUGCAAUACCCUUAAUGACCACUCCCCGCUUAAAACGGGGGGCGCCCUUUGCGUGGACGUGUGCAGCCCUAGAUCUGGAGCGGCCCCAUCAGCAUAGGCUUGGCUUUGCCUUCCCUCAGGUGGGAUACCUGGAGGUCUCCGCCUACCUCAGUCAGUUGUCCAAUCCCACCUGGGGAAGCGUUGCCAAGGAGACCAGGCCAGGUAGGGGAGGGAUUACCUGCCCACACAAUAGAGGGAGGAUCUUACCUGGGAAUCCUCACUUGGCUCCAGAGCUUCUCCCACCCUACCCACCCUCAGUUAAUGUCUUCUUUUGCAGGUUAACUUUUCUUCAUAGGUUUUGCAGGUUAACUUUUCUUCACAGGUAUGUGGGCGCUGCUAUGUUAAGGUCGCUGUUAAAGGGCCAAAAAGGAAUUUCCCUGCAUUGGCAGGUUUCGCCUUUCCCGUAGCAAAACGUCACAACUUUGGCGGUAUCAGGCCUUGGGCGGAAUCCUUUAGUCCAUCUUCCUCUUUGCGGUGGCGAUACCAGGGUUCCCCAUUAAAGGGGUUUCUGAAGGGAGGCUUUGACCGUACGCCGAAAGGUCGUCAUUGCUCUCCCCUGCGGCGGCAGCAUAACGGGGGCGGCUAUCUCUGCUUGAACAUAUGUUCUCCAGAGCUGGCCCAUCCCCCCCCCACACACACACUGGAUAACCCUGAAGCUCCCUAGGUCCCCGGCUGGCGACUGGGGAGGGAGAACGCCCAAUGCCUGAGCCAAGGUCUACCCACAUUUGAAAUUUAAUAAAGUUGUGGCCAAUUUAACCCCAUAGCACGUUGUCUUGAGUCGUUAUUCCACAUGAGGGGGGGGGAACGCUCGGGAUCUGGGGACUCCGCCUGUCCACGCAAUUAUGCAGAUGAGUGCUCUGGUCAUCCCUCCUCAAAAUCAUCUAGGAUAAUUAGAAGUGCUGAGAGUUUCUAAAAUGCUCCCUUUAAUUAAAAGGAUUAAACUGGGCAAUUGAAAACAUGUCUGCUCAGAAGUAAGCCCCAUUGAGUUCAGGCAGCUUACCCCCCAGGUGCGUGUGGUUUUAUUUUUUAAUGUGUGGGAUUGCAGCCUAAAUGGGUUAGUACUUUCUGUAUAAAAGGGGGGAAGCAAAAUGUGAUUUCUGCUCCUCAGCUAUAGAGCACAAAGAUUUGAACUACAGUAAUGUUGUGCAGUGUGGUGGCACCCAGUGAAAUUUUUUUGUAGGGGAACAGUUAGGGCCAGAGGCACCAGCUUGUGAGGGCGAUGGGGGGCGGGUGGCAAUGUCGUGAUGUCUCACACAUGAGCAUCAUGCUUCCCUUCCUAAGCCAGGCAAAAGCUUCCUGAGCUUUGGGAAGGAGGUGUCGAGCAUCUGACAGGAUGCUGGAGCCUUCCUGCCUUCUUCCCAAAGCUGGGCAGGAGUUGGGAAAGUGGAGGGAGGGCUCUUGGACCCCAUAAGUCAGGCAUCAGGGAAUCUGACGCCCCCCUCCCACAGCAGGCUGCCAGGGAUAGAUAGACAAGAAAAGCUCUUACCAAGUCUUUUAUUCAAUAUUCACAGAGAUAGGCUUAGAAAUACUGCCUCUUGGAGUAAUGCCGUUGCUCCGAGUAAUCUCCAUGCCUGCUCCCCUUCUCAGUCGUCAACAGCACUGCCCACCUUACGGUGGCUGCUUAAGGCCAUUUGCCUCUUCGCUCUCUGCUCUACUACUUUCACUCCUCGCCGGGUUCUGAGAGAAGGGGGCCUGGAAUGUUUUCUAGUGAUAACGUUGCAGCCAGCUGCUCCGGCUCUGCUUCUCCCUCCUCCUCUUCCCCCAUGAUUCCCCAGCUUUGCCCCUCUUCUAUCUCUGGGCCAUGAGUUGUGACCUUCUGCAAACCCCUGUUAUAAAUCUAUGCUGUCUUCCUCUUCUCUGGAAGGGGGAUGAGGAUGUGGAGGUAGUUGCCAUCAUCGGUCCUCCCUAAGCUGCACAGAAUCUACUGGGCUUUGGGAAGGAGGCGCCAGCCUUUAAUACUUCAAUUCUCUAUUUUACCGGGAACAUUUAGGGGACUAGCUUAAUCUCCUCUAGUCCACUGUAACUGUAAACCGCUAGUCCAGGGUAACUAAGACGCGGAUGGGAGAAGAACUACAUUUGACAGUUCAGUGCUAGGCAUGUCUAAUCAGAAAUAAAUAACGCUGAGUUCAGUGGGUGCACAGUUGCAACCUGCAUCGUGUUUUAGUCACCAUUUGUGGUCUGCUCCAGCGAAUGGCCACUUGCAUACAUAUACAGUACAGGUGCACAUAAAAUCACACACAACUUUGAGAAAUAAAAUAUGAGGAUAUGUGUUUUCAUUUUAGUUUUUAAAUGCAGUGGAGAAGAGUUUGUGGGAGAAAGGGCAAUACUCAGAUCCCGUGGCUCGGCUGAGGAACGUAGAAUUGGAAGUAGUGGCUCCGGUAAAGUUUCGUUGGUGUAGCUGAAUUUUACCACCUCCCCUUCCUUUCCCUUCUUUGGGCAGUUCUGCCUCAGCAUAAUUUCUAUACCAUGCCAUGCAAGAGGGCAGGAGGGGACACGAAUGCUCUGCCCCUCCCCGUAUUGAUCAGAGUGAUGCUCUCAACCUUGCACACCAUUGUUGCAAUGUUGCAACGCUGGCAGUGUGUGUCGAAGAGGACUAGGUUCAAAUUCCACCUAAGCUAUAUAUUUACUUAGUGGCCUUGCACAUGCUGCAGUCGCUUAGCAUCUCCCAACAGCCCCACGAUCUACCAAAUGGAAAGUAUCCGAGAGCCGAUGAGUUGUAUUAGCGAGAGAGUGAGGCUUGGAUUGGGGAGACCCACUGAGCCAGGAAUAUCACUGAGUGGUCUUUGGCCAGUCACUUUCAACCUAAGCUACCCCAAGGAUCGUUACGACAAUUUAGAAAAAGAAAAGCCAAGUAGAACAACUCCACGUAUACCAUAUCGAGCACACAGUUCCUGGAGGAAGAGCUCUCUAUAAAUGUGAUUAAUAAUAAUAUUGGCCUACCUUACAGGAAGGGACGCGGGUGGCGCUGUGGGUUAAACCACAGAGCCUGGAGGUUGCCAAUCAGAAGGUCGGCAGUUCGAAUCCCUGUGACGGGGUGAGCUCCCGUUGCUCGGUCCCUGCUCCUGCCAAUCUAGCAGUUCAAAAGCAUGUCAAAAUGCAAGUAGAUAAAUAGGUACCACUCCAGCGGGAAGGUAAACGGCAUUUCCAUGCGCUGCUCUGGUUUGCCAGAAGUGGCUUAGUCAUGCUGGCCACAUGACCCGGAAGCUGUACGCUGGCUCCCUCGGCCAGUAAAGCGAGAUGAGCGCUGCAACCCCAGAGUCGGCCACAACUGGACCUAACGGUCAGGGGUCCCUUUACCUUACCUUACAGGACUGCUGCAAAGAUUACUGGGAUAAUGUGUGUGAAACACACACAUAAAGUACUAUAGGAGAUGUUAAGUGAUGGUGUGGUUAAAGACUAUGGAGGACUGGGGCCCCUUGGCUACGUCGUAGGAACAUAGGAAGCUUGGAUAUUGUGUCAGAUCAUUGAUCCAGCUACCUCGGUGUUGUCCACACUAACAGCAAGCAGCUCUCCAGAGUUUUGGGCAGGAGUCUCUUAAGGCCAACUCAGUGGGCCACAUUAUCUACUUGAACCUAAGUUGGUAUUGUUUUUCAGUCUGCAUGAGCAGUCACAGGACACAGCUAUUAGUCUCUGGGCUAGUCAUUAAGACAAGAAUGAUUAACACAAUGAAAGAGCAACCCAUGUAUUUCCCUGUGACAUCUCCUGUACCCCUGACACUUUCAUUCUCUCCCAGUCAGUGUACAUUGGAAGAGAUGGAUCGUUAACAGCCCACCAGCAUUUGAAAUUUGCCAGGCACCAGGCGCAUUUUGCACCUGACUAUUGCCUAUAUCUGACCAAGUGCAGAUGCCUAGGUGCCUAAUAUCUCCACCAUCUGGAGGUGCCUGCCUGGGGAUUGUUGAAUCUUGCCUGUUUUUAAACUCUAACAACACAUCCUGCAGAAUUCUACCCGUGAUAUUUUAUCUGUGCCAUCGGAACAAAAAGUCGUAUUGAAAAAUGCGACUUUUGGUCCCCAAGUGGCAACUAGACAUUCCGUUUUGGUGGUUUAAGGUGCAAUUUGGCACCUAGCUUAUAUAUCUGAGUUUCCUAACACUGCACCCCACCCACAGUGGCAGUUCUGUUCAAAAGAAAGCCCAAGAGCCUUUGGGAAAGGUAGCAGCCGAUGAGUUUGCUCUGUCUCUGAUAACAGAAAAUUGGUCUGAUGCAGUAAGCCAUAUGAAGUUGGUAUAACAGCGUUUCUUCUUUCUUUGGGUUCCAGAUCCUCCCACAUUGCCUUGGACCACCCUGACCCAAUCGACAUGAGAGGGUUUCUUGCCUGAAGAGUACUCUUUGCCCGUGACAACAGCUGCACCAUGGGCCUUGAGAAUGAUUUGCCCAACACCACAGCCUUCUGGUUCCCCUCGCCGUCUCAGUUCGACAGCUUCCCCCCAGAGACUCCUGCCGCCAACACCUCCAUCAACAUUACAAGCCCCCACUAUGACUUGACUAGCAAUGCCAUCCUCACCUUCAUCUACUUUGUGGUGUGCAUUGUGGGCCUCUGCGGCAACACUCUGGUCAUCUAUGUCAUCCUCCGUUACGCCAAAAUGAAGACGAUCACCAAUAUCUACAUACUCAACUUGGCUAUAGCAGAUGAACUGUUCAUGUUGGGGUUACCUUUCCUAGCUAUGCAGGUAGCUCUGGUUCACUGGCCCUUUGGGAAAGCCAUCUGCCGGGUCGUCAUGACAGUAGACGGGAUCAAUCAGUUCACCAGCAUCUUCUGCCUCACAGUCAUGAGCAUUGAUAGGUACCUUGCUGUGGUCCAUCCUAUAAAAUCUGCCAAGUGGAGGAGGCCAAGAACAGCAAAGAUGGUCAAUGUCGCUGUCUGGGGCAUCUCCCUUCUGGUCAUACUACCCAUCAUGAUAUAUGCUGGAGUGAGCAAUAACCACGGGAGUAGUAGCUGUACCAUGAUCUGGCCAGAUGAGUCUGUUGCUUGGUAUGUUGGCUUCAUCAUCUAUACCUUCAUCUUGGGCUUCUUGGUGCCCCUCACCAUCAUCUGCCUUUGCUACCUGUUUAUCAUCAUCAAGGUCAAGUCCUCUGGCAUCAGGGUGGGCUCCUCCAAGAGGAAAAAGUCAGAGAAGAAGGUCACCAGGAUGGUCUCCAUUGUCGUUGCCGUCUUCAUCUUUUGCUGGCUUCCCUUCUAUAUCUUCAACGUCUCGUCGGUCUCUGUUUUGAUUGAGCCAACACCUGUCCUCAAGGGCAUGUUUGAUUUUGUAGUGGUCCUCACCUAUGCCAACAGCUGUGCCAACCCCAUCCUUUAUGCCUUCUUGUCCGACAACUUCAAGAAGAGCUUCCAAAAUGUCCUCUGCCUUAUGAAAGUCAGCGGCAUGGAUGAAGCCGACAGGAGUGACAGCAAGCAGGACAAGUCCAGGCUAAACGAGGCCACAGAAACCCAGAGGACAUUGCUCAAUGGUGACCUUCAGACAAGCAUCUGAAAGAUCUCUGCCCACUCAUCUCCUUCCUGCUUCUUCACAGAAGCCCACAGCAAGUCAGCAUAACGGCCGUUGGUCCUUCUUUCAAGGGAAUGGUAAUGCAUGCGAAGGAUUGGUUCAGGGGACAGACUUGCUUCUCGGCCAACAGCAGGCUGGUUUUAAGGAUAUUAAUUGAAAGGAGAAGUAUAUUGUGGGAGUGAUUGACUAGAAAUAGUCAUAAAUGUGUACACACUUGUACAUGCAUGUUUGAAUACAAGGGUUGAUGCAGCAUUGGUCGUACCCCUGUGCUAAAUCCAUUUGAGUUAAUUUGAACUUUUUUUAAAAAAAACAACCCUUCACAGUUCAGAUUUUCCACACAGGGUCUAGAAUUUCAAAAGCUCCAUCUCCAAUAUUUGAGUUAAAUUAUUAAAAGAAGAACUUGGCUGACACACAUAGACACUGGAAUAAGGAUGAAGGUGAUAAGUAUUCCACAAGUUCACAUACUGAAUUAUAUAUAUUUUUUAUCAAGCUAGCCUCUUUGCAGCCAUCACCACCUUGUAAAUGAUAGGUACUUUGAAAGUUUAGCUCUAUGUGCUUUUCAAGUAGGCAAAACAUUAAGCUCAUAUGUUUUAUAUAAAAUAAAAAACUGUCAUGAGAUAUUGGGAGGGAGGGAGGGAGGGUGCAGUGGUAAAUGAGUAAUUGCAUUAUAUUGCUCUUGUUUAUGGAACAGCUAAUGAAAUGAGGUCUUCAGAGAUGGGAUCAGAAAUCUUCAUAGCCUGAAUAAAUAAGUAUAAAGCAUGCUAAUAGGAUGACAGAGAGACUUGUCUCUAACUGUAACGAGAGCCCAUUUCCAUGACUUCAAAGAGAUGGCAAAUAUGUUGUCAUCCCUCCAUCCCUUUGCCUCCUACAUAAUGGUUUCCCCAAUGAACAAUCUUUUGUGGAUAGGAAUGAUGUUAUCAGAUCUCCAGCAUCUGAGUCCAAAAGCCACAAUAUGUUAACUUUGCCACCCAAACGUCACGAAGUCAUCAAUGAGCUUUUGAGUUCACCAGAACUCUUCAUCAGACUGGAUCUUGCUCACAGUUUUGUGACAUUUUGGUUGGUCCUAAUAGAGGUAUUAAUGUGUUGUGGAUUUUGGAUUCCCCUCCCGCCAAUGCAUCAACAUGGCUGUGUACAAUUUUUGUCAAAACCAUGAUCAGAGACGGGUGAGAAUGCAUACCUCGUUGGUCUUGCAUAAGUGAAAUAGCCAUCACAGAUCAAACAACAGAGGCAGGGCUUUAACAUAAUUUCUGCUUGCCACCUUUACUUUAACCAGUAAAAAAUAAAAUAAAAACUGGCCUGGACACUGAAAACAAAACAACAACUCUCCAAAACCAACCAAGCAACCAGCUAGGUUGCAACUUCAGGUCACUUAAGGAAGGAGCCUUUAUAAGUCCUCCCUGCCCGCUACAUACCAAGAAGGUGUCUUGAGUUUGCUACUGACAGAGGACUUUAAUGUACUAAGGACACUGUGGGUGGGAAAAGCCUGAGCAUGGCUUCCAUUUCAGAAUCUAUAACCUUGUGGAGAUUGCUCGAGAGCUUAACUUGCACUUGCUGAGAGAAGAAAGAACGAGCCUUUAAGCCUACUUAAAAACAGAGUGGUCACAUAUAAUAAAAGCUUGAGACGGGGGUGGGGGUGGAGAAAGAGAAGAGUCGGGCGGAUUGGUUUAGUAAGCAACCAGGAGCCAAUUUCAUCAUCCUGUUGAUUUCCCUCUCAUUGUCCCAUUUCCACAGUGCCCUGGCCUAUGAUGCCUCCUUUUGCUCCUCCAUUCAAAUGCUUGACUCACGAAUCCCACAUCCCCACACAAUUUCACCAAAGUUUACAUUCAGAGCAAAGUAUGCAAGUAUGUCCAGUUUCUAUAGAGUUUUUGUUCUCCUAGUUCAAGGUUUCCUGGCAGCAGAAGCUGACUUGUUUGAUGAAGAGUAGUUCUGGUUCUCCCGCUACCUGUCCUCAGCAGAAGAGUUUGUCUGCGGGGCUAUUUGCACUGUUGUCAGUAUGUUUCGGGGAGUUUUAAGUGUAGACUAUUAAGUUUUAUGACCUGGGAGGUUUAAAGAGCUCUGCCCAGGGAAGGGCAUUAUGACAGGGUUCCAGAUGGCAAGCGACUCCCACAACUUCUGUCUUGGGCUGUGAUUUUUACUAUUGAGCAUAGGCAAGCAGAGUCACAACUAGAGGAGCCUGAUGAAGAAGUUGGCAGGAGCUGAGAAUUCCCUCCUUUACAGUAAAUUGUUUCAUUUAUCACAAAUCUCUGAUUGAUUAAAAAGAAACAGAAGGAAGAGCCCACACCAUCAGGCUAUUAGAACAACAGGAGGAGCAUCCUGGCUCUGCCACCCUAGCCUCAUUUUCGGUUCUAACCGUCCUGAAACUUGUGGAAGGUGAACUUCUGCAAUGGAAAACCUUUUGCAUCAGCAGCGGUUGUUUCCGUUGCAUUUGAGACCCCUGGAAAAUCAGGGUUUUAGAAAUGCAUCAGCAGACACUAUGGAGAAAGGCAACCAAAAUGAAGCCGUCAACUCUAAAAUACAUUCUUGCAACAAUUUCUUAGUUGUUUACAGAGCGGUCCAAAUGCCUCUUGCACCAGGCUGAGAUGAGGGGGUUUGGAUUGGGCAGAGAUGGCUUUUUUACACAGCCCUGCCACCCUCUGCCUGCAGAGCCAUGCCAGCACCAGUCUGCUGGCGCAGAGCUCUCCCUUUUGCCCGCUGAACUGCCACUGAUGGGUACUCUACUGGUGGCAGCCAGCGGAAAGAUUUCAACCACUUUCAGCCUCAGCCAGCAUGCUUGCUUGGGCUGUUGAUGUGGCUCCGUCGCUCCACUCCUCGAAGACACCCCAGACAGCAGCUGGGGUUGAGAUUGAUGUGUCCAGCUCUUCAGCUGCGAUGCUGUUCAUACUUACUUGGAAAGUAGCCCCUCCUCCCACCAAUCACAGUGGUACUUACUUUUGAGUAAAUGUAAGUAGGCUCAUGCGUUAUGGAUCCUUCAAGCGAAGAAGCUUCUGCUCCUGUUCACGCCUGCAUUUUUGGCUGCGCAUCCCUGGGAGCAAACCCCAUUGAACUCAGUGGUACUUACUCCUGGGUAGAUGUGCACAGGAGGAAUUGCUCUGAAAAUGCCUCUGAAGCUCUCACGCUGUUAUUUGGGCACCUGUUGACUGUAGUUAAUGCAAGCGGGGUAGACAAGAGAAGAGAGACAUUUAAAAUCAAAUGCAUACCCCAGCCAGUUUGCAUCAGCCGCAGGCACUGAUGUAAGCCUUGUUUUGGUAUUUAUUUUCACCCCCGAUAUGACAUAUGGGAAAGUUUUGACUUUCCCAGGCAUGUAUUGUCUCUUAAAUAUAACAUGAGAAAUAAUAAAUAAUCAUAUCCCAUUUUUAGAUGACUUAAAAAAACCAAACAAACAGAAAGCUUUUGAAGUCAGAUCCUGCAUGCCCUAGUAGAAAUGGAAAACCCCACAAAUGUCUUCAUUCAGGCACUUGUUUGCAUUACAAAUACCUCCCCACCAUUUUCUCUUCUGGGCGGAUAGCAAGAUAUAGAUAAGCAGCUUAAGAAAGGCUGGGUUAGCCUUACCUGUAAAACUCUCCCUGUUCUUGUUGAAAAUGUAAAUUAGAAUGGCAUUUUGGAGCCUAAGAAACAAUGUGGUUUGAUUAAACUCCUUUGGCAGAAAGUGUUGUUCUGCCACAAGGGUAAGAAACCUGGUGCUGUUGGGCAUCAACUGCAGCCAGACAGGGUGAUGGGAAUUGUAGCGUGGUCACAUCUAGAGGGCACCAGGUUCCCCCCCAGAGCUCUGUCCUUCAGCCCGAAGCCAACCUUCCAACAAGCCCAGUUGCCCCAGCCACCACUCCUCCUUCUCCACCCACACCUCAUGUCCAGGUUGUCUCUUGUUACUCCUAAGGGGCUUGGCUUAGCUUGGUGUUGGAAGUCUUAAGCGAGGCUGCAGGAGUAUUCCUUACAGUUACAAUACUAUCACUGCAGCUUCCUCUUGCAAACAGGCAAAACAGAGGGGCUUCGCCUCCAUCCAGCGCAUAAUGUCUUACCACAUUUGGUGCCUCAUGCGGUGGAAUUAUUUUAUUAUCUCUCUUGGUCUCGGAGGAUGUGCAUUCUUAGAUCUUCUUUAUUAAGGGAAGUAAAUAUUAACUGAGGCUUUGUGGCGACUGUGUAGAAUAUGCCAGUGAGGAUUAAAUGGGAGCUCAGCACAUUACAUUAAGAUGAAAAAAUCGCCUUGUGGCUGCUAGGUGCUGAUAAAGGCGCUUUCUUUUUAUUAGAUGAUGGCUUAAUGUUGUGGCCACAACAUUGCGUCAGAGUGGCUUUAGUACUUUAGUAUGAAGUGGGUAACACGGGAGCGUAUUUGCAGAGAGAGAGGAGGAGUUUUGCUCCACCAUUGGCCUGACUACUAAAAUACAGCCAUGCUCUCCUAUUCAAAAAUUUGCACACCUCGUUUUAUGUUGCAUACAACAAUCGAAUGGCCUGGUGUGGCUACCCAGAAGGCGAGAAAGAUGGAAGACCUCGUGUUGUAGUAUGUGGAGUAUACUGGCAGCAACAGAAAGACGGGGUGUUGGUUCAGGGAUGAAUAAGCAACAGCUUAGAUGACCCCUGUCCGAGGGGAAGGCAGAAUUCAGUGACAGGCUCACAGCAGAGCUGGGAGUGAUAGAACCUUGCAAGUACAGCUGGCUUGUUUCUCAGUCAGAAGGGGAAAGAGGCUCUGGCAAGCCAGAAUGGAUGGAAGAGUUGUUAGGCUCGGAGGUCAGAAAAGGAUGCCAGUUUAAUCAUUCACCGAAAGAACCUGCUGAUAUUUUAAUCAGGUGCCUAUGCGUGGUAAAUGCUGAUUUUCUAUACAACUCUGUAAAGCACUGUAGCCCUUUUGGAAAAAACGGUGAGCUCUAUGUGGAUUGUUCAGUUGGCCAGUCUGGGCACAUUUCACUUCAUGCAUCCUUGUAGGUUCCUGUUGUGCAACACAGUAAUACCAAUGAUGUUUCUCUGUUCUGUAAACCACACCUGAUUUUGGGAGCUCUCACUAGGCUGCGGUCAUUUCUGUGAUUCUGUACUCAGAAGACUUCCAUUGAAAGUUUUCAAGUCAACCAGGUUCAAAGCAUUUUAAUCUGUUGUUAAUCUCUGGCAAUUGAAAUAGUGGGAACCUAGGAGCUUCUUCUCCCAUACAAUUUCCUUAUGGCAGUCUUAACGAUAAUAUUAUUUUUAUCUCCAAUCUGUAGAGAUCAAGAACUAGCACUCAGUGUUCAUGGCAUACCCAUAGAGAGUUUAUCUGCCAAAUAUUCCCAAAAUGCCCACAAAAUGCCUCUUUUGUGUUGGUGGCAUUUUUAAUUGCUUGGGGAAUUAAAGAUAGUGGUUUCACAGCCCACCCAUUUCCUGCUGUGAGGGAUUCCUUAGUGGCUAUCACUUUUAUAUAUCACAACUUAUUUCACUUGGACCUCACAGCUGAAUUGCUCCCAAUAGAGUCCUCCCUCUCAGAAACAUAUAACGCCAAGAAAAGUUUGUCCAAAGAACAUUCAGUACUUUUAGAUCUCUAGCAUCCUCUAGCUGUGUGGAGAGAAUAGCAUCCUUGUUUCCUUUAAUAGCAUGUUCACCUUGCCACUCCACUGCUUUUCACUAUAAGGGCAAUUCCAGGUGACCUGCUAACUGAGAUUUGUUUGCAAGGAGAUCAGAUAGCGUUGGCUGUUUUAUUGAGCAUUCUUUCUGAUUUGUUUGCAGGGAGGGCAUACAUGCAGUUGCAUCAAAAGAAUAAUAUGUAAUAUCCUACCCUUUCCUUAUUGCAAAAAAGGCUGUUCUUCGAGGGGAGUGGGUUUGUUGCACAACCAUUGCAAAUCAGCUUUAAUGGUGCAACCUGAAUUUGCCCAUAUGUGAUUGAAUCCCACCCCAAAAUAGCAACUGUCAGGAAACAUCCAAAGAGGAAAGCAUACGUGUUCACAUCUUUUGAGAAGUAUCAGGAAAAGGAGGCCAGCUUUAAGUGUUUAUUUAGGUGGUCACCUAAUGAAAUAUUCACUGCCCUGCCUCUCCCCCCCCCACCCAUCCAUUCUCCUUUGAGAAAUUAAAGGCUCUGAACGAGAAAGAAGAGUCCUUAGUGAUGUAUUAGUCCUAUCUAUGAUUCCUUUAGGGCAGUGUUUUCCAAAUGGUAUUCCAGGGAACUCUGGGAUUUUCUGCAGGUUCCUGAAUUAGAAGAUCAGUAAUAGUGGGCUUGCUUCUCUAGAAGAUAGGGAGUGGUGGACAAGCCAUCUUCCCCUUCAUUGUGCAAUAUCGGGUUGCAUCUCACUGGGUUUUGUUUCAAGUUUGUAGAUGUAGGGUCAUUGUGCAAAGCUCUUGUUCUUAUGUGGUGGGAAUGAUGAAAGGUAUGCACGUCUUUGAUUUAGGACUGAAAGAGUGACGUAUGCACUAGACAGCAAGGCUCCUGUAUCUUUACCCAAUCGUUCUAUAUAUAAGAGGGGGAAAUUGGCAGGUGCAUCUUUUCUCAGUUUUGGACCAGAGAGAUGCAACAGGCUGGAGAAGCUGCUACGAUGUCCCCAUCAGUUCCACUGGUACAGGAACCCAGUCCUCUAAAUUGCACCUGGCCACCUGUUAAAGUUUAAACUAAACCUUUAUAUAAUUUUCAGAUUAUAGUGUUAACAGACCCCAUGGAUAUUCUCAUCCAAUAUGUUGUUCAAACAGGACAUGAAUAUAUUCAUUUUACAUAUUUAUAUUCUGCAUAGAAUGUAUUUAAGGUAAAUAUAUUUAUUCUAUAUAUUUAUAGUCUAUUUAAGAAUAUAUUUAUAAAGCGUCUCUAUCAGAUUCUUGGCCAACUUUUUCUUGGAAACCUGAAAGAAAGGAAUCCUGCAGCUUUUGCCAGGGCACCUUGGAAGAAGUUCAGCAUUCCUGGAUCUAAUGGAACCUCAGUUGUUGGGUUUGAAUCUCUCUUUUUGUAGUUGAAAACCAAUGGUUCUAGUCCUAUCCUUGGUGGAUAAGUGAGCAGCUGAUUUCCAUCUCCUUUUCUAAGAACCUUUUAAACAUCUGAAAACUGCUAGCUGAUUUUAGCUUGUUCUCACCAAAUUUGUUUUCUAGACUAGAAAGAUAACUUAGUGGUCAAUGCAUCCAGAUAAGCCUGAAAGAGACACAUUGGAAUAAAACAUUUGUUUGGUUCCAGCUUACUUUUCUCUCUUUUCCUCUUUCAAAGUUCGAAAAUGAAAGAAAAACAAACUGAUUUGUGUGACGCCUCCCAGUGUCCUGCUAGACACCUGGCUACUUAGAUGUCCCCAGAUAAUAAUUUCAGUUUAUUCAUUCGCAAAUGACUGCUUUAAAACAAAGUGAUUUCAGUGCUAAGUGCAAGUUUACCUCUCUUCAACUAAAACCAAUAGGAUUUAAAAGUGAUUAACCUUAGCUGCAUCAUUCCUCCCAGCUACCAGCCAAAGCCCUCUUCUGCAGAGCUAUCAGGGUGAAGUUAAGUGCAGCAGAGACAGUUUGACAAUGCCUCUGGUGCACCGUAAACAAGUGCACAUUAUGCUCUGUUGUAGUAAGCUUUUUGUGGCAAAAACCCAAAAGUUCAGCUGAUGAGAGUUUUAGUGCAGCAACACACUGCCUAUCUUUGGCCAUGGCAUUAGUUAAAAACCCUCCCUUCUCCCUGGAAAGCUUUUGAAAACUUUUCUGUGUACAAUGUCCGUGAUCUGGAGGGAGAGGGAGGUGAGAGGAAAAGAUGGAGAUGAAUGGAUUUAUUCCUGUUUUCGUAGGGCACGCCAGCUGAGCAUAGGAAGCUGUGCCAGUCCGGACUAUUUGACCAUCUGGUCCAGGAUGGUCUAUUCUGAGUGGUAGAAGAUCUCAGAGCCAGGGCUGUCAUGCCACCUGUUUGCCUGAUCCGUUAAAAAACCCCACACAAGGAGAGAUGGAUAGGUUUGAACCUGGGACAUUCUGCAUGUUCUCUACUACUGAGCCACUGUAUAUGGCCCCUCCCAGUGAACGAUGCCCAGGCUGCCCUGCCGCUUUCACCGUAAUAUGUUGCACAAGCUAAAACGUUGAUCAUCUCAGGACAGCAGUCCUCUUUCUUGCUGACUACCCAUACCUUUUCUGAGUUUUUGAUUGGCUUUCUCGGUUGCCACUUCUCACCUUGAGCCAGUGCACCUCUUUUCUUGAGCCAGUGUGGUGGUGCAGUGGUUAAGAGCAGUGGACUCGUAAUCUGGUGAACCGGGUUCGCUUCCCCGCUCCUCCACAUGCAGCUGCUGGGUGACCUUGGGCUAGUCACACUUCUCUGAAGUCUCUCAGCCCCACUCACCUCACAGAGUGUUUGUUGUGGGGGAGGAAGGGAACAGGAGAUUGUGAGCCGCUUUGAGACUUCUUAGGGUAGUGAUAAAGCGGGAUAUCAAAUCCAAACUCUUCUUCUUCUCUUCAUUGUAGACUUGUUUCCUGGAAAGCGUAGGCUUAUACAUUGGGGUAUAGAAAUGCCUUACGCAGAGUCAGGCCAAGGGUGUAUCUGGCUCAGUAUUAUCCAUCCUUUCUCCAGCAACGGCUCUCCCAAGGUUUCAGGCAGGGCUCUCUCCCAUCUCUUAUCUGGAGAUGCCAUGCCAGGAGUUGAACCUUUGACCUCCUGCAAACAAAAGCAGAUGAUCUACCACUUUUCUGCAGCUAAAGUAUGGGUUCUGCGCUUGGGCAGAACGAAAUUACUGUCUGUUUCAAAGUGCUGCAGAAAGAGCCUCAAGACUCAGCACGCCACAACAGAUAUUACUUUGUUUUAUUAUUAUUUUGUUUAGAUUGCAGAUCUGUAGUCUCAACCAGCAUUGUUAGGCCUGUGCUUUUUAUAUUGUGCUUCUCGUCACAUGCUGCAUGUAAAGGGGGUGCGUAACUAUAUGGUCUGAUCAGAGGAAUGUGUAUCCAUGGCAACACCAUGUAUUACCUAAAGAUGCAUACACAUUUCACUGGGGGGUGGGGAACCAGUUCCUUUGCUUUUGUGAUCUGCAUCUGGCUCCAGGCAUAUUGCAGGGCAAAGGGACCAGGUAACAUCUGGUCUCUUUCUGCUCAUCAGUGAAUAGUUUUAUUCUCUCUCCUGUAGGGAUGUUCAAAUGCUGCUACCUGCCAUUUCAUGCUUCUGAACCCUGCUUUCUUCUUCUUCGCUGCUAUCUGAUUUGUAACCCACCCCACAGCUUCCUUUUCAGCCCCUGACCUCUCCUGUUUCACCUGCAUAGCUCAGACUGUAAGCCAUGGGUAGGCAAACUAAGGCCGGGGGGUUGGAUCCGGCCCAAUCGCCUUCUAAAUCCAGCCCGCAGACGUUCCGGGAAUCAGUGUGUUUUUACAUUAGUAGAAUGUGUCCUUUUAUUUAAAAUGCAUCUCUGGGUUAUUUGUGGGGCAUAGGAAUUCAUUCAUUUUCCCCCCUUCAAAAUAUAGUCCGGCCCCCCACAAGGUCUGAGGGACAGUGGACCGGCCCCCUGCUGAAAAACUUUGCUGACCCCUGCUGUAAGCCUCUGGCUGGUCCCGUGUCAGCGCAACACCUAACAAACACACUGUUGGCAGCAUAUCUAUGAUUGUCAAUUAGUAGUGGAAGUAGCUAGGGAUGGGAGGGAAGUUUGAUUCAGUUCAAGGAUGAACCUUCUAAUUCACACUUUCUGAAGCAACGUGUGAACCAAAGCACAGCCAGCCAGCCUUUGAAAUUCACACUUGUCUGCAGUUCUCCAGCCAACUAAUCUGAUUUUAAAAAUUAGAUAAAUGCACAUACUACUGUAUAAAUUAAAAAAUUGUAUAUCAGUCAACACAGCGUAUGAAAUUGCACUAUAUUAGGGAGAAGUGCUUUGCAAAAGUGUGCCCAUUAAGCAAACUUGAUUGUGUAUAUUAGGAGAAAUCGACACUAAAAUGCUGGUGAGAUUUUAUGAAGGCUAAAAAAUAAUAAUCACAAACUGAUGUGGAAACAUGGAGAACUGAACUUAAGAUUAGGAAAAUAAUACAUGAAACUGAGAGAAACCAAAAUUGACAGAUCCAUCUAUCUCUAUUCAUAGCUGUAUUCUCUCCUCCCCACCCAAUAUAGGGCCCUCAGUAGAAGAAGGCUAAGAAGCAAACCCUACACAAAUCCAGAGUAGAGUCCCUAAGACAGCUGGAUGGCGCCUUGUACGUUUCCUUCCAGCAACUCCUGCAGCCAUGUUGGUGCCAAACAUAUUGCUCAGCUUUCCUUUGGACCACAUCAGCGAGGCUGAGAAGAGGCUCUUGCCAUCUAGGCAGCCCAGGACUUCCAUACACAUGCCCCAGGCUUGCACCCCAGGGAGGUCAGUUGAGUGCUGCUAACGCAGCAGUUUGACUUCACCCCUGGAGGCGCACUCCAUUGUUUCUUGAGACAGAUGGAUGUCAACAACAAUGGUCUUUAAGCAACACAUUCAAAUGUCUUAGCAAGGGUCAGUGCAGGUGAACUGGUAUGAAUGCUGGCCCAGUGGGACUCUGGUUCCACAGAGCAGGAGUUGUAGUAGGAAAGACCCUGUAAGUGCACUUUGGAUAGAAGUGAUUGUAAGCAAGGCUCCUGCCAUAAUGCAUUGCACUCUUCCACUCAAGCCUUUGGCAUUGGGGCAAACUGGUUUUAGGAACUGGAUAAUCAAUGGACAACAGGCCGUAGCUGUCCUCUGGGCAACUUGGUCUGGCUAUCUCAGUUCCUUCCUAUUAUAAUGUGAACUGCUCAUAAAAGAGACCUGUUGGGUUAUAGUCUUAAGCCUCUGUCUGAUCAUUUCCAGCAGUUCUGGCCACUUCAGAGAGGAAACCUUUUGUACGGAUCUAUGAUAUGCCGCCAUAUAAAAUGCCACCUGCACAGUAAUAGCUUGCAAAGCAAGAAGAGACAGGGAAAACAACUUAUACCCCACUGAGAAACCCAGAAUAGUUGGGGUUGUUCCAUUCCUGUUCAUUAAACCCACCUCCUCACUCUGGAAGGAGAAACAUGAUGAUCUCCCCAUGUCAUCCUGCAAUUGGUUGUACAAUAGCCCGAAAUGAGAGGUGAUUAAAUGUACAGUGCAAAUUUAGAUCGGGCUUUCUGUUGUUUUGGUUGUCAUGUAGGGGGACAUACUAAUAAUCUGGAGAUAAUUUAUUUUGACCUCAUGGUAGGGUACAAGUCCAGCCCCGCCUUGGAAAUGGACAGUUUAAGAGAUAUGUUGAGAUCCAUAAUACUGUGUGCUGGCUUUGGUCUCCAUUCAGAACCAAACUUCCACAGGGACACACAGCUAUUUGGUUCAUCAAGACUGGCAUACAUGAAUCAAGACGUUAGUCCAAAGCUUAUAUAUAACUCCCAGACUAUAGAACAGCAAACGGCUUCUUUAUCAUUGCCAUCAGAUGAUUGAUUGUUUAAUCAACAAGCCAUUACAAAGUCACAAAACAACAAUAAAACUCAAGUAAUUUCCUUCAGGGGGGCUUUAGCAAUACAUAUUAAUACAAAUGGAUUUCUUGUCAAUUCGUGGCGUUUGUUCCUUCAGGCUUUCUCCUUUUUGCUUUAGUGCUGCAUUAUUAUUUUUUUAAAACUCUCCAUUUCUCUUGGUUGUUAUAUAGUGGUUCUGCUCUAGAUGGAUCACACACAAAAAAUCGGCAUACAGAUCAACAGUUCAGAUAUAAAUUUCCUUCCAAGCACAGCACUGGUGGAGCAAUGUAAUUGAAUAGCAUAAUUUUCUGAGGUCUGUGAUUCAUAUAUGCAUAAUUGCUGAUGUGAUGGAACCUUACGGUGGCUGGCUGCAGCGGCCCCUCUUGGCAAACUGAAUGUGCAUCGUUUGAAGUCUUAAUGCUGAGAAGGCCUUAUGAAGGGAACUGGAGUAACUUUACAAUGUGUCUUACUGGGUCUUGGUCAUGGUUUUUGACAUGCACCUUAAGCAAGUAAGAAACAUGCUUGAAAGGAAACACAGAGUCAAGUUCUCCCUCCCACGCCAUCAGCAUCCAAGCAUAAUCUGAUCAGACAUAAUUUCAUCACACCUUGUUGGCAUUUAUUCCAUAGCAAAACAAGAUGAGUGCCACAUCUCUCAAGCUCACCUUUGACUGGACUUACCUUAUAGCAUAGCUCAGUGGUUCCCCUACGUUUUUCCCCCUCCAAGCACCACUUGGAAAUCGCGAAGGGUCUUGGUGAGCCACUUGGUAAUCUUUCUACUUGUUGUAGCACUUGUAAUGAGCUCUACUAGAUGCUGCAUGAUUUUUAAUUGUAUUUUUAUUGCUUCCUUUAUUUCUUACCAAUUUUUUAUUUCAUUACAAUUUGCAUUCCAUGGAAUAUAGGAAUGAAACAAUACAAAUACAAUCAAAAAUCAGUACAUUAAAUGUGAUGGAUGCGCUGUUUCCUGCCUUCAACCACAAAUCCGCAGAUAUGCUUUGGACCACAUGAGUGAAGCUCACAGACCAGUGAUGGUCCACAAACUACAGUUUGGGAACGCCUGCCAUAGGUGAACGCCUUGUAGUUUCCCUUAACCAUUAUGCAGAAUCUACCUUUUUGUAAUAUAGUGUUUCAGGCUAACACAAGGACUGGAUUAAUGAUGUCUAAGAGUGCACUUUCACUCUGGCCCCCAAACAUUUGUUUUUUGGAACGAAGCACCGCUGAGAGAAAUGGGAUUAUAUAUUUAGGAUUAAGGUACUAGCCUCUGAUGCAUACUGAACACUGAUUCACGCAGUAUUGAAGUUGUACCCAGUCAUGUAACCCACACGACAUGUAUAAAUAUUUAUGUUUCUCAUGUGUAUUGUAUGUGUGCUUGCUGUAUUAUAUGCUAUAACCUCUAAAACUGUGACACCAGAGUUACAAAUGACUUUCCUACACCUGCUUGAUUUCAAUUUGUUCUCUUUGGAUAUGUACUUUUAUAAGAUGUCCUGGGGGGUGAAACCUCGCUUCUGCAAGGGGGCCCUCCUUUAUGUAAACUUUUCUGUAGACAAUGGAAGAUCAAAGCUGGCUGGAAAUAAAAUUGUGAAUGAUCUAUGUCUGUUUUACAAAAAGAUCCUGUGGUUUUUUUUCUAAUAAAGUGGUGUGAAUCAGA